CACUCCCAGAGACAUGGGAGAACUGGUAGGUGGAGAAAGGGGUUCAUUAUAAAGCCAGAGCAGAGGGCUGGAAUUGAGCUUUUGGUUGGUGACUCUGGUUGAAGCAAGAGUCUUGUGCUGGUGGCCCUUGCUGAAGGGACUCUCAGCCUCCGAAGAGGAUUCCUGAGUUGGUGGCUAGGGCUGAAGGAGACGCUUAUUCUGGGGACUCUUGUGCUCUUCUGACUGGAGAUUGGAACUUUGUUGGAGGUGAACUGGAUUUCUUCAGAGAAGCCCUUAGGGCAUUUAGCUCAACUGCUCCCUACCUCCAAAAUCCCUUUUCCGGUACCCUCCUGCUCCCAUCCACCCUUGAGGUGAUUUGAGUAUUGGAGUGAGGGUCCUUGGUUCAGAACCCCAUUUUUGGGGGGUGGGGGCCUGAAUAAGGCCCCAGGUUGCCUCAGAUUCUGAGUGUUGUGUGUGUGUGUACACAUCUCUUCAGUUUACAAAGAGCCAGAUACUUCAGAGUGUCCCGUCUCAGCCCUGAGCCUCAGGAAACUUUUGGCACCAUGUCCGGUGUGCAUUAUAAAUUUUCCUCCCAACUCAACUAUGGGACCGUUAUCUUUGAAGGACCCCACAUCUCCGUGUGUGAUUUGAAGAAGCAAAUCAUGAAGAAAGAGAAACUCAAGGCUCCUAACUGCGAGCUGCACAUCAGCAAUGCAGACACAAAAGAAGAGUACAGGGAUGACAAUGCCCCGAUUCACAGGAAUUUCUCCGUUAUCGUAAGAAGAGUUCCUGCUGGAGGUAUUGUAGCUACGAGCAGGACACAUGUUUUAGAUCUAACUAAACGAGUGAGUAGAACCUCAAAAGCAAACCUAUCUCAUGACCUGAGAAGACAGUUUGAUAUGCCUAGUGGCGUUCCACGGGAGGCGAAAAAGGAAACUCAAAGGAAGACUGACUCUUCUGCAUCUGCUUCUGUGGCCCAGUUGAUCAAGUUUGCAAAUCUGACUGAAGCCGAUGCUUCUGAAGAAGACAAAGUUCAAGCGAUGAUGAUCCAGUCCGUCCACGAAUACGAUCCGAUCCAUUACACGAAGACACCUCCGGGGCCACCUCCACCAUCUUAUACCUGUUUCCGGUGUGGGAAACCUGGCCAUUACAUAAAGAAUUGCCCAACCAAAGGGGAUAAAGACUUUGAUCCGGUUCCCAGAAUGAAAAAGAGCACUGGAAUUCCUAGAAGUUUUAUGAUGGAGGUGAAAGAUCCGAACAUGAAAGGUGCCAUGCUUACCGAUACUGGAAAAUAUGUCAUCCCAACCAUAGAUGCAGAGGCAUAUGCCAGGGGGAAGAAAGAAAAACCACCUUUCCUACCAGCGGAAGAGUCGUCUUCGUCAGAAGUGGAGGACCCUAUCCCAGAUGAAUUGCUAUGUCUAAUCUGCAAAGCCAUAAUGACUGAUGCCGCUGUCAUACCUUGCUGUGGAAACAGUUAUUGUGACGAAUGUAUAAGAACAGCUUUGCUAGAAUCGGAUGGCCAUACAUGCCCAACUUGUCAUCAGAAUGAUGUGUCUCCUGAUGCUUUAAUUGCCAACAAAUGUUUGCGCCGGGCUAUUGAGAACUUCCAAAACAAAACCGGUUAUACCAAAGGGCUUCAAAAGCAAAUAUGCCCACCCCCACCUCCAAGGCCACCGAUUCAGCGGAACCUACUGCCACUGACCAGACCUCCACUUUCAAGACAGCAGGACCCUUUGAAGAUCCCAGUGACAUCUGCAUCUACUCAUGCUGCUACUGCUUCUGGAUCAUCAUCCAUGAGUCCUAAUAAAUCCUCUGCUGCACCUAUAAAGAAACCUUCUACUCCGGCACCAGUUGCCGAUGGAACUGCCACAGUGUCCAUAUCUGUCCAAGCAGAAAAACCAGAUGGGCCUUCCCGUGAUCCUGAUGACAAACUGAGACCUGCUGCAGCUUUGGUAUCAGAUCAUCCUCAAGCUUCUUCAUCAACAGCAAUUAGUGCACUAAGGGAAGAAAAGGGCUCUCGGGGACCUCUGCUUGGAACGCCUUCUGGGAUCGGGCAGUCCCUUUUGCAUGGACAGUUGAUGCCUACAACGGGUCCAGCAAGAAUAAAUGCUGCUCUUGUUGCUCCUGCUCCUGCUGCUGCUGCUGCUGCUGCUGCUGCUGCUGCUGCUGCUGCUGCUGCUGCUCCUGCUGCUGCUGCUGCUGCUGCUGGUAGACCUGUUUGGGAACCAAGCAUCAAUGGAGGGCAACACCUUGGUGAACAUUCCCAGAGGACUCAUGGCCCAUCACUACCAGGAACACCUGUCCCACCGCCUCCUUUGUAUCCACCACCGCCCCACACACUUCCUCUCCCUCCAGGUGUUCCACCACCUCAGUUCCCUCCUCAAUUUCCACCCGGGCCACCACCACCUGCUGGCUACAGAGUCCCUCCUCCAGGUUUCCCUCCAGCCCCUACAACUUUAUCAGCACCUUGGGUAUCCACAGCAGUACAAACCGCUCCUCCGAAUACCAUCCGGACAAUACAAGCUCUCCCCUUAUCCAGGGAAGAGUUCUACAGAGUGCAAAGAAGACUAAGAGAGGAGGAGAAGAGAAAGUCCAAACGAGAUUUUGCUAAGAAAUUCACGGACUACGAAAAGAUUCCAAAGGAGCGUCGACGCGCCUUUUCAAGAUCUAAAUCGCCACAUAGUGGCUCCUCUCGCUCAAGAAGUUCAUAUACCUAUUCUAAAUCGAGAUGUGGUUCCUCACGUUGCCCUUCCCAUUCUCGAUCCUUUAGUCCUUCACACUGUCCAUACCCCAGAAGAGGCAGAGGCAAAAGUCGAGAUCGGCGUUCAAGAUCCAGGUCUCAUGGUUAUCACCGCGCCAGAUCGAGGUCGCCCCCACGUAGGCGAUAUCAUUCACGACCAAGAUCCCCUCCAGUGUUUAGGGGGCAGUCUCCUAACAAACGGAAUAUACCUCAAGGACAAACAGGUCACCGCAGUCCCAACAGAGGUGGCAAUUACCCGGAAAAGCUCUCAGCGAGACAUGGUCACACCAUGAAGGACAUUGCCACGUCAAAAGAGAAGGACCGUGAAAAUCCACCAGGAGAUGGAAAGGGAAGCAAACAGGACAAACACGGGAAGAGGAGACAGGGGGAGGAAAAUGAAGGCUUUCCUAACACAGAGUUGCUACAGCGCUCUAAAAAACGAAGGAAGUGUUAAUUCCCUUCUCACAAUCUGAAGUCUUCACCUGUGAAAUGAGCUGGAAAAGGCCAAAGCAAAUCAUGCACUACCUUUGCCAAGAAAACCCCAAAUGCAGUCAAAAGAGCUGGGCACAACUGAAAUAACCAAACAACAACAAUUCUACACCGUGACUCACUUCAGCAAUUGUAAAGAAGAGAAGGGUCCUUUCUAUUGAACAGAAGAUACUCCAUUAAGAAAUAUAAAUGUAACCAUUUGCACUUUAGGCAUCAAAGGACGUGAGGGUUUGUUGCUAGCCAUCGAUUAUCACGAACAAGCAGGACCAGUAGCAGGGCACUAACAAGUUUAGCAUUCGGUGUCGGAGCAAAAUCUAUUGGGCCUCAACUGAGAGAAAGGAGGUAGGAGUUGCAAUCAUGAAAUCUGAGAAAGCCAAAGUAAAAAUGGAUAUGAUUAAAAGGGAUAGUGAAGGUAACUACAUCCUGAUAAAAGGCAGUGUCGACAAUGAGGAAAUAUCAGUAAUC